UAAAUAGAAGAAAGCGCGGCUGGUUGUUUUCAUCGGAGCCUCACUGCGCGCGGCGCACUGAGGACGCACAAUAGAGCAUCCUGAUCUCCGUGUUUAAUUGUGGAUUAGAGGUGGAGGGAGGGAGAGCACAACAAGGAAGGCGAGGAGACGCUCUUUCUUAUUAGGAGGAGGUGGUGGAGGGGGUAGACGGAGUCAGAGGGAGCCCGGAGACCGUAUAGACCGUGGCGGGGACGACGGGAGCAAAGAGGACACCGUCGGAUGGUGGUGUUGCUCGGAUGGUGGUGUUGCUCCGGACGCGGCGACGAUGCGGCCACACUGCUGGGUGAUGGUGGCCCUGGCGGGGAUCAUGUCAUACCUCAGCCCGGAGAGAGCCCUCGGAGCCCCGCAGAGGGAAGUUUCUCAGACCAGGACUGCAUCCCUCUCCCCUCCACCGUAUGUUGUCAUCCUCAUCUCCUGCUCGGGGCUCGUCUCUUUUGUUCUGCUGCUCCUCACCUGCCUGUGCUGUAAGAGAGGAGGAGUGGGGUUCAAUGUAAGUCUUCAACAUGAGUUUGACAAUGCAGAUGGGGAGGAAUGCUCUGGGGGUUCCAGUCCCAUCCAGGAGGACAGUCUGUCAUCAUGUCCCUCCCUGCCUGAGGUCUACACCUUACCAGUCAGGGACAGGUCCAGCUGCCCCGCCCUGCAGGAUGGAGCUGACUCAAAAUCUCAAUGUUUUAAAAGACACACUUUAAACUACCUUCAGGAGAUAGGAAAUGGCUGGUUUGGUAAGGUGAUCCUGGCUGAAGUGCUGUGUGACUGCAGCUCUUCUCAGGCUGUGGUGAAGGAGCUCCGAGUCAGUGCUAGCCCUCUGGAGCAGAGGAAGUUCCUCGCUGAAUCUGAGCCGUACAGGAGCCUCAAACAUCCCAACAUCCUUCAGUGUUUGGGUCAGUGCAGUGAAAGCAUUCCCUUCCUGCUGGUCAUGGAGUUCUGUCAACUUGGGGACCUGAAGAGAUACCUUCGAGCUCAGCGCAAAGCAGAUGGGAUGACUCCAGACCUGCCAACCAGGGAUCUCUUGACUCUUCAGAGAAUGGCUUUUGAGAUCACCUUAGGCCUGCUGCACCUUCAUGAAAACAACUACAUCCACAGUGAUCUGGCUUUAAGAAACUGUCUUCUGACCUCUGACCUCACUGUCAGGAUUGGCGAUUAUGGUCUAUCUCAUAACCAUUAUAAGGAGGAUUAUUACCUAACUCCAGACAAACUGUGGAUUCCACUGCGCUGGAUUGCUCCUGAACUACUGGAGGAAUACAGAGGAUCCCUCAUUGUUACUGACCAAACCAAAACCAGCAAUGUGUGGUCUCUGGGGGUGGUGAUAUGGGAGCUGUUUGAGUUUGGGGCUCAACCUCACAGACAUCUGAGUGACGAAGAGGUGUUGACCUUUGUCAUUAGGGAGCGACAAAUCACACUGGCACAACCGAGACUCAAAUUGUCUCAUGCAGAUUACUGGUAUGAAAUCAUGCAGUCCUGCUGGCUUCCUCCAUCGCAGCGCCCCUCUGUAGCUGAAAUAUUCCUCCUCCUCUCCUCUCUCCUGGCUGCUGAGCGAAGAGCAGCGAGAGGGAGUGUCGAGGAAGAAGAUGAAGAGGAUGAAGAGUACGAAGAGGGCAGAGGAAGGAGAGGGGAGAGUGAAGAGUCGUUUGAAAGGCGCUGGGACUUACUCCGUCCUCCUGCCUUACAGAAUGCAGCAAACGAGCGGCACAGGGACAGAGAGUACUGCCGGGAGGGCAGAGACAACUCCUACCCACUGCUGGACCCUGUGGGGAACUGUAUCACCCCAUCCUCGUCUGAGCUGGAUGACAUCUUGACAGUCACAGAAACCAGCAAAGGGUUGAAUUUUGAGUAUUUCUGGGAGAAGGCCAAUGCCAGAAGAGGAUAUAAACCUCUUCCUCCUCCCCAGCCAAUCCCAACUGUGAACAAUAACCACAGACAGUCUUUGGACACUCCCACUGUGGUGCCGGUGAUAAGUGCUCGCAGCCCUUCACUCGCUAGCGAGUACUACAUCAGACUGGAGGAGCAUACUCCUCAAGACAAGUCCCCAACCCUUAAAGGGAAGCCAUCUACACGCUCCGACUCAGUCAGCCCUGGAGACGUGGAGCUUGUGGAGAUUCGGAGUGGGAUGCUGGGAAAAGAUCGGGUUCCUUUUUGCUCUUCUCACAAAAGUGGACAGAGUCUGCAGAGGGUCCGGUCGAGUGAGGUUCAGAUCCAGGUGCCAAACACAGGCAUGGUUGAGUUCAGAGACACUUCCAGCAGAGUGACGGACUUCUCCGUGGUGGAUUUAAAUGAAGAUGAGGAUGAUGUGGACAAGAAAAAUAAUUGUGAGAGAAAAUACUCGACUUCUCAAGCUCCCGUCCUCCCUCCAAAGCCGCGCUCUAUGUCGCUGUCCUCAGCCAACCCCCUUCACUCGCGCCCCCUCCCUGUCCCCCCUCUUGGUUAUAGAGGACUUCCUCAUUACACCAUGAGUGGAAAAAUUGAGACGGACCCACUUCAUAUGAGCUCCUGCCCAUCUUCUACCUUUGAUCACCUCGGGCUUAAUCGACCAAGGCAAACUCUGCCCCCUUCCCCGUCCCUGUCACCCUCCAUUCCCCCAUCAAGUCAUCCAGUUUACCCCCAGCCUUCUCAAGCGUGUCCUCCUCCUCUCCCUCCCCACUCCAAACCCCAACGAAUUAUCCCCAACUACAACCCAGCUGACAUUUACUCAAGAUACAGCAAGCCACAAAUGCAGAAAACCUGUAGAGACCCGCUAUCCUGUGACAUGUCUGAGCGAGAGCGUGACAUCAGGCCUGCAGCGCCGUUACACACUUUCAGGGAGACCUCUCAUUUCCCUUCAAAAGACUUUGACUCUCCUAUCCGCAGAGAAAACCCUUUGAGACCCAUAUACCAAAACCCCAAACACCGCCCUACAAACUCUUUGAAUGCAAGACAGUCUUCAUCCAGCCCCACCUAUUCAGAUGAGGACAAAUCACCAAUCGUGUCCCCUGAGAGAGUUGGCAGUAAAACAACUGUCACUAAGUCCAGUCUCUCUGAUGACACGGAUCCAGCCACAGCAGAGCUCUUCUCCAGGGGAAUGAAAAGAACUCAGUCUCGUCUCGACACUAUCCUUCCUGCCAUUUGGAGGGAGGAUGCUGAACUUCAAGCAGAACUCGUCGCCACAGCCAAGAAAUCCCCCAUGCAUCUUUUUCUGACUGAGAUUUCCAGCGUGGCUGAGUCCCAUGAGGCCAAGUCAGAGGCUUUAUGGGAUGGAGAGACAGAGAAAAAAAAUGACAAGGACGGAUGGGGAAACUUUUCGCUGCCAAACAAAGGGAUGCGCCGAUCCCAGUCACUGAUCACAGAAGUGGGCUCGAACGGACAGCCGUGGAUACAAGGCGAGAGGGACGUCACAAUCAGUAAGGAACUCCAGAAUGAUCUUUUUCUCACUGAAAUCGACACUGGAAAGAUGGAUAUAGGAGGAUCAGACAGUGAUCCUGUAAAAUACCUCUAUCCUGCAGGAUCCAGGUUGCAGCCUCAUGGUUCAGGUCUCCCCUCAUACACAGAAGCUGAGGAAGACUACUCGAAAGGCAUGCGAAGAUCCCGCUCCCUUUUGUCCGAUUUCACAGUAGAGAAUCAAAACUCAGAAGUACCUUUGACUUCAAAGCCACCACAGAAAACUGAAAUGACUAGGGAGGAGUUUCUAAAAGAAAUCCAUUCAGCGGAGACCUUUCUAACUGAAAUUAUAUCAAGGCAAAACGUUUGCGCAAACAAGAAGGAAGCAGAUCCUUCUUACUCCCCUACUCCAUUGUCUCCUGAAUACGAAUCUAUAUGCAUAGACCCAAACUCAGCUCAGACCAUCACAUUCCAGUUGGAGAGCUCCAUACGAGCAUCCAACAAAGGUAAAGAUGACACACCAACGGAGGCUAUCUAUGCCCAAGUAACCAAGCGCGCCAAGAAGAGUGAGAUAAAGGUUUCCAUUAGACCAGAGAUCCCCGUUCUCCACAUAGGAUCCACUAAGCACCAACUAAACACAGACAGUUUGGGGAACAAUGCUGACCACUGCCAGUCUGGUGGGUUUGUGUUUUCAGAAAUCAUGCCCAAAAAUGGUUUAUUACACAACCAAGAGUUUGAGGGUCAGAGAGACGAGGAGGAGUGUUCAGAUGGCCCAGCCUUACCUGCCAGAGGAGAGAAAAUAGACCUGUCGAAUCUCUCUCCUUCUGAAUCCACUGAGAGUGGAACAGAGCCUAUCACUGUGAUACUGCGUGGGAACAAAUUAGACAUGACAAACAAAUGCAAGAAUGCUGCUGGAAUAGGAAAUGGGGAGAUCACAAAGGAGAAACUCCCAGUCAGCCCCCAUGAGAAAGGAGAUCAACCAGAGAGGUCUGAUUCCAUGUCAGUUAACCUAAAAAAAACUGAUGAUUUAAAAAGCUUUAAAAGUGUCCAUGCUUGUGAUAAUAGCAGCUUUGUAGACACAAAUAUAGAAAAUUCCUGUUGGGGCAAUGACAGUGGUCAAGACAAACCCUGUUAUGUCAUGCAAGGGAUGCCCAGUCCUACAGCCACUCCAUCCACUCCAGAAUGGGACCCAUCUUCUGAUGGGUCCCUCAUCACCCCCACUGACUCAGGCCUGUCCCCUAUGACCUCCAGCUCAGCUGACUGCCUCACACCCAGUGACUCUUGGACGGCAGGUGGAGGAGUUGGAAUCGGCGGGUGGCGAGCUCUAGGAAGUGACAUGCCACAUCGAGACUCUGCCUAUUUCUCAGAUAGUGACUGGGAGGGAGAUGGGAUGAACAGGAGGAGCAGUGAUGGACUUAUCAGCUCCAGACCGAGCAGCAGUCGGGGGGGCGAGAGGGGAAUACUGACGGGAAUAGAGGAAAAAACUGAAGAGGAGGGAGAGCUGAGAGAGAAAAGCCCUUUAAACAAUUGUUUACACAAAACACAAACUGGAGGAGGAGAAACAGUUGAGAUUUGCAACAGGAUGGAGGAAAUCCGUCAGAAAAUCCCAGACAUGGACAAUUGUAAAGAUCUUCUUAACAGAGGGCUGGGGUCUACACAGAGAAACCAUUCAGACGUGUUUCCCAAUGAAAGAUCGGUGCUUCUGUGUGUUGAACCUGAUGUAAAGGGCUGUGCUAACCUAACAGAUAGGCUAUUUAAAAUAAUAGACCAUGAACCACUGAAAGGACUUGUGAUAGACAGCUCCCGGACAGUUGGUGUGAAUUACACCAAGAUGGAUUGCAACUAUCAGGACUCCAACCAGAGCAAUUUGAGUUUACAUUCCAAGAGUUCUGCUGGGACGUGUGAUCUGGUGAAUUUUGUGCCUGAUGUCCAGUCAGAAGAUACGUUUAGGCAGAACAACGAAGACUAUAACAGUGUUAAAAACACAAACAAUGAUCCGACUCAAGCAAAGUCCCUGAAAUCUGAACAGACAGCUAAGGAAGCAAAAUUUCCGUCUAAAAGUGGCAGCAUAGAGUUCUGCGUAUCCGAUCUAAGUGAAAUUCCAUCCAGUAAUGAUGCCAGUAUGUCAGAAACCCAGCUAAGAUGUGAGGGAAAGCUGCUUGGUAAUGAAGUAAAUGGUCUUACGUGUCUGUGUUCAAAGCAGGAUGUUGAAGAGCCUGUGAGAUGUGUGGAGGGGGAUAGUCUGGACCAUAGUGAGCUGGGUCUGAGUCUGAAUCCUCACAGCUCCAAUGCCAGAGAUGAUGAGGAGAUCUCAAUGGAGGCAGACAUGCACCAAGCUUCUGCAGAGCUGAGAAUCAGCCUGAAGGAAAAUUCGCCCCUGGUCAGAGAAGAAAGCACAGUUCCCUGUGCUGACACAGUGGAUGACAGCUCCUGUGAGAGGCUGGAUGUGAUGACUGAAGAGUUGUGGAGUGGUCUAGAGGAGAAUGAUGAGAGACCUGAAUCUGGAGCGGUUAGGGGUGAGCUUGAUUGCCAUCGCCUGUCCAGAGACACGCAUUUGUGGCCUGAUGAGAAUGAUCAGUGGGCCUCUCCGGAGAAAAGGUGCCAAGAAGUUGAGCUGAGAUCAGAGUUUUCCUCUGGGCUAAGUCACGCAGCUUGGAAAGUGGGGGAGAGGCUUGCUGGGGGCCGGGAGUUCUGGGAGACUGAAGAAAAUGAUGAACUUGCUGGUAGUGAACCUCACCCUGCUGUUAUGAAAGGCUGUGAAGAAACCUGGCCCAAUGAAGCCCAAGGCAACACAUGGAACUCAAAAGCUACCGAAAACCAGCCGGCAUCAGCUGAAAUACAACAAGAAGAAAAUAUGGAGAACCUCGAGGACAUUGAAAGUUUAAAAAACAAUUGGCAAAGAGACAUCUCAAAGGUUGAAACAGAAAAUAGAGAAAUUCCAGAGGAUGAGACUUCGGUUCAAAGAGAUAGUCAGAUUUCCUCAUAUGCAGAAUCAGUGAGGAGCAAAGGUCAACCUACGGAGACAGAAGAGAACCAGAAUUUUAACCGAUCGUCUUCCAAUCAAUUAUGCAGCAUAAACAAAGAGGAUGAGACAUCCUCUGCCCACGCUUUAAGAGAAGCAGGUUUGAUUUGUGAAAAUUACUUAAGUCUGGGUUCAGAAAACAAAAGUUUUGAUGUAUUUAAAGAUCCUCCUGUAAACUUGUCAGACCUGGAAACUGAUGAACCAGGUUUGGAUUUGGAAGCUGAUGAAAUAAUACCUGAAGAGGCUUCAAUUCAAUUCAGUCUCAUUGAAACACAGGAGGAAGGAAGUCAGCCAUGUUCAGAGGUAGACAACUUUAGCUCUGUGGAUUUUCCCAGUCCUCCACCAAGCAUAGACCUCAACCUGCAAGAUGAUAAACUGGAGAGCCUAGAUGAUUCCUUUCCUAGUCCACCACCAUCUGUUAUAGAGGGAAAGGACUUUAUGAGCCACAUGUAUCUUGAAGACUUUAUUGCCGAUGCUGGGACAGAGUCAUAUAUCUGCCCAGUUAACAACACAAAUGAAUUAGAAGCGUCUCUGGAAGACUUAACACCAGCCACAACUCAGUGUAAAGGGAUUUCAGCCAAUCUGAAUCCCCCUUCUGUGCAAAUAACACUGGCAGAUGACAGUAAUCUUCUACCCAGUGCUGAAAGUCAGGGUGGACAUCAUAACAUUUCCCCAAAAAAUAAUUCUUCAAACCAGGAUCCUCUAAAAAACAUCCCACGGCUGUUGAUUUCUGAGUGGAAAGAUCUGGACGAAGAGCUUCUGGAAGAUUUUGAAAAACUAGAGCAACUGUGUUGCAUCUCUGGGGAUGAGGAGGAAACUCUGGGGGAGAUUUUUUUGGGAGAUCUGGAGCUUUUUGGGUCUUUGAAGAAAACUCCUGAACAAAAGGAUAACAGUGCAGGAGGUCAGGAUGCAGGUGAAAUGUGCCUGCCUUCUACUCUUGAUGACAGCGGGAGGGAAAAGAUGAAUUUAAAUGAGGUCAGAAUUCCUGACGACUCAGAUGGACGCUUUGAGGCAGCCAGGAAACAGGAUCCUCUGGAUGUUGAGUGUCCACCUGUGGAUGGAAAGGAUGGGGAGAGACCAGCAGGCCCUGAGGUGAAGGACCAGGGAUCUCUUUCCAAAAUGACAACAAAAAAUGGCUUAAGGAUGCAGGUGUGUGAGGAGAGGUUACAGUUUUCCCUCAGUGAAAACGUGAAAACAAAUGUCCUGUGGGGGUCGGCCGUAAAAGAGACAGUUAUGCUCGGGACCCGUUGGGACCAAGAGGAAGAAAGCAGUGAGCUAAUGUCCGUGAGAGACCAAGAAGAGGAUGAGAGUCAAGAGAAUCUUGAGGCUGUCCUUAGCAACCAGCCACCUGAACAAUCUGAAAUCUCCUCAUCUGAGCCUGUUCUGGAACAAGCUGACAUCAUCAUAUCUAAGCCCACCACAAACCAGGCGAUGAAAGCAAAGCUAGCACGCUUGUCUCUCGCCCUCCCUCCUCUGGCUCUGAGUCUUCCCCUCACCUCGGCCACUAAAGGAGGAUUUGGGAAUGGCCCGAUUGGGAACCGCAUUGGAAGACGAAGAGGUCUGUUGCAAGGAAGUGACCCCGAAGAGGAGGAGGACGAAGAGCAGGAGGACGAAAGCUCCCGCAGGGUGAUUGUUGUUACAGAGACGGACGUGGACAAACGUGUCGGUCUGAGAAGUCUGCUGAAAUCACCCAAGGAGUCAAUGGACAGAGAAAGGGACAGAGGGAGAAAUGUGUCCUUCUUUGAUGAUGUCACAAUUUAUCAUUUUGACCAGGAAACUCCAACUAACAAGUUAGGCACUUCAACACCUACAGGUCCAGUCACUGUCAAAAGCAGCAAGCUGAAUUUGCACGGGGUAAACAAAAGCAAAGAGGCGAAAAGAAAAGAGGAUUCGUCAAUCAAGCCACGGUCCCCCGUAGGGGCCAGUCCGGGGACUUCAUCACGCUUCACUGUCAGCCCCGCAGACGACCCACACUUAGUGUGAUCAUGAGCGGAAGCUUCUUGGACUGGCCAGUAAUUGACCCACGAACCAGCUGCUUACCCAGAGGAUAUUUUUUUAUCAAAUAAGCAACUGGAAGAAUGAGACUCUGGUUCUAAAAGCUGGAUUGAUUCCAGGUUUUACCAGCGACAGGAUUUUGUAUGAGAGGGGUUUGCUGAGCUCCUGCCUGCCACUGUUUACAGAGUUUAUUCACAGCUUUUGGCUACAAAGGUCUUUGGAAAUGGCAGCAUAUGGAAAUGCUGGGAGGAGAGGAACCCUGGGCUUUGUAAAAUCUAAAACAAAUUUGACAGCUAUGCAGUGGGAGUCUUGCUGUGUACCAGCUUACCUUCUCUUUUCCUGCUUCAUUCAGUUGUGUUAGGUCCCUGUUGUUGAAAGGGAUGCACUUUCUUUAGGAAUUCAUCUGUCAAUGUAAAUGCUUGGAUUCUAGUCUAAUCUUUACUGAGGAGGUUUUUCAUUGCAGUCAAUUGUUCUUAUAGACAGCAGUUUGAAAAAAAAACGUCUGGACUCCGGUAUCUGAGGUUAUCUCUUAACCUUUGUACAAAUAUCAUAAUACAGGUGUAUACAAUAUCUUUUUUUUUUUUAGCUUUUACUUUUAGGUGUAUUCUUAGACUGCACGAAUUAUUAAAGAAGUUCUGUCUGGGUUGUUUUUUUUCCCUGCAAAUUCCAGUAUUUAUUCCAAUGUUUAAUUAUUUAGGUAAACAUAUUUAUUUAUUUACUUAUUUAUUUGUUUGUUUAUUCUUAUCUAUUUAUUUGGUGCUUUUAGCAAACAGGAAUUUAGGUUUAAUUUGGGACAAGAUACAUUAAAGGUAUACCUUGUCUAAGCUCUCCAUGACAAAUAAAAUAUUUUCCCAAAACGUCUUAAUUGCUGGAAAAAAGAACUAUUUUGUAUAAUUUUACUUGUUAAUACUUGCCAAUCUGUACUGUACUGAAUUAUGUCUUGUAAUGUUUCCUUAUUUUCAUGUUUAUAUUAUUAGCAGUCUUGUCAUUCUUUAUCUUGUUUAAUGACCGUUUAUGUAGCUUAGCAUGACAGAACAGUUGCUCAUCAGUAAAUAAGACCAUUUGCUUGUGUAUUUGUUAAUUUAUUUCAUUUUCUACUAAUAGCCAUCAAUCAUGCAGCUGAGGUCCAACUAGUCCAUUUGUUUAGUCUGUUUAAAUGUUGGUUUAAAAUUGUAUUGUUUAAAAACUGGGUUUCAAAGGGGAGGAUGUACAAUAAAAACUACAAAAUGUGAGCCUCUUAUCCAAUACGGGUCAUGUCCCAGUCAUUGUUCAUUCGUUCAAAUACCUCACCAAUUUGUUGCAAGGGCAGGGUCCUUUCUGAGUCCCUAUAUUGUGUCAAUUAGAAGUAAUAUUUAAAUAUGUUCUACUGAAAGCAGAAGUCAGUUACAGAAUAAAAUGUAUAAAAUAGAACAGUUAAUAAAUAUAAGUCUAAUAAAGUGGGAAACCACAAUUGGUCAAAGCAUAAACGUCCAUUGAUAAAGAAUUUGUGGCCCAUUGUUUUGUGAAUGAAAUUUUGAUUGUAAAGGUAAUUGUCUUAUUUCUAUAAAGUUUUUGUGUGCUAUGGUGAAGUAUCAUAAUUUAUUAAAAUUGUUGUAAAAAAAAAAAAAAAAAAAA